AUGACCCGUGGCGCGUACCUCACCUUUAUCACCACGGAAGGGUACCUCCCGGGGUUGUUGGUGCUCCACAAGACCCUGCAGGAUGUAGGAUCGAAGUACCCGCUCGUGGUGAUGGCCACGCGCUCCCUGCCGCAAGAUGUGCAUGACGUCCUAACGCGAAAGGGCAUCGCGAUCUCGGUGGUCGACUCGCUAACCCCAAACAACAGCAACAUCGCGGAGCAUGACAGCAGAUUUGCCGAGACGUGGACGAAGCUUCGGAUGUUCGAGCUCAUCGACUAUGAACGUGUGGUCGCGUUGGACGCCGACAUGGUCGUAAAGCGCAACAUGGACGAGCUCAUGGAGAUCGACCUCCCCGAGGGCUAUAUCGCCGCUUGUCACGUCUGCGCCUGCAACCCGCGCAAAUUGAAGCACUACCCCAGGGAAUGGAUACCGGAGAACUGCGCCUACUCUGCGGUCUCGCACCCGGGUGGUUUGGAGACCCCUACGCAGAUAACAGACACUAGCCCUGGCCCGUAUAAGCAACUCAAUAGCGGACUCGUCGUGCUCAGCCCCUCGCGAGACACGUUCAACCGCCUCCAAGACUUCCUCAGGGAGUCGCCACUCGUACCGGACUUCAAGUUCCCCGACCAGGACCUCCUCACGGAGGUGUUCAAGGGGCGCUGGAAACCGCUGCCGUGGUGCUACAACGGCCUCAAGACGCUGCGCGUCAUCCACUCCGACCUGUGGCGUGACGAGGAGGUCCGCUGCGUGCACUACAUCCUGAGCGACAAGCCGUGGCGGGAACGACCUAAGGAGGGGGAUCCGUACAAGUUGUUGAACCAGUGGUGGUGGGAUGCGCUCGAGCAGGUGCGCGCGGAGAUGGAAACGGCGGAUCCGGAGGGGUGGAAACUGGUUGAGAAGAAUAUCGCCCACGCUUGAUUCAGUACUGUUGUUGUGAUAGAUGUUUGUGGAUGUUUAGUGUAAUUCGAAGUCGCUAUCGGC